AUGGCGAGUGAAUUGCAUCCACCGUCAUCCUUUUCGUUUGAUGGUGAUCUGCCUACUAAAUGGGCACUUUGGAAAAGGCAGUUUGUGUGGUACUUAAAGGCCACAAAGAAAAACAAAGACGAUGAAGAUGUUCAAGUGGGCGUAUUGAUCACGUUGCUAGGCCAAAAAGGGCUCCGAAUCUACGAGACGUUCACGUGGACAACAGCUGGUGAUGAGAACAAAAUUAAUCCAGUCUUGGCUAAGUUUGAUGCUCAUUUUCAACCCCGAAAAAGUCAAACUUUUGAACGCUACAAGUUUCUCACUCGUCAUCAACGUGAGGGUGAGUCAUGUGAAUCGUUUUUGUUGGAACUUCAGUCCCUUAUCGCAACCUGUGAGUAUGAUACGCAACGAGACUCCAUUCUGCGCGAUCAAAUUGUUAUUGGUGUGGCAGACGUUAAAACACGUGAGAAAUUGUUGUUCGACCCUCAAUUAACAUUGGUGAAGGCGGUUGAAAUUAUUCGAGCGUGUGAAACAUCAUCAUCGAUAGCUGAAAAAAUGUCAGCAGAGGUGGUCAACAGAUUGACCUUGGAAAAAUUCAAACGGUCGUGGCCCUCGGACCAACGUGGCUCAGCAGACAAGUCUGGACAUCGCAAGAGUGUCGAACAAAUCACAAAUUGUAAGUGGUGCGGUGGCAGUCAUUCUAGGCGUAAUUGUCCAGCUUACGGGAAACAGUGCACAAAAUGUGGUAAGCCCAACCAUUUCGAGAAAGUUUGUGACAGCGAAGAAAACGUUGCUAGUAUAGACUCGUACGUGGUUCACUCGUUUAGUGAUCGCCAAGACUCGCAGUGGAACGUUGAACUCCUAGUCAACGAUUAUCCGAUAACUUUCAAAGUGGAUACCGGCGCCUCGUGUAAUGUGUUGUCUCGUAAUUGGUUUGAAAAAGUGAAUCGCUCAAAGUCACAACUGAAGCCCGGUCCGCAAGUACGCACAUAUAAUGGUCAGUCAAUAAAUGUCCUGGGGCAACAAGACGUCACCGUAUGCUUUAAGAAAAAGUGGUAUACUCUGCGGGUUAUAGUAAUUGAAGAAGAAAAGGUGCCCAUCUUGGGUUUGCCCAGCUGCCGUGAACUAGUCCUUGUUCAGACAUCUGCACGUCAACAAGUAGACGCAAUGGGAGAUAGCAACAGAGUGGAGUCCACCUUACCGAGUGAGUUUAAAAUGUAUCAAAAAGUUUUCAUUGGUAUUGGCAAAUUGCCAGUGGAGCAUCAUAUCAAACUCAAAGACAAUUACGUGUCAGUUGUUCGCCCGCCAAGACGAGUGCCGUUUAAGCUACGAGAUCCAGUAAAGAAAAAGCUUGAUGAUAUGGAAAAAUUAAAAUUAGUCUGCAAAGUGACGGAACCGACUGAAUGGGUUAACCCUAUGCUAGCUAUACAAAAAGCUGAUGGUGACGUCCGAAUUUGCCUGGAUCCAGUUGAUUUAAACAAAGAAGUAAAGCGUCAACACUAUCCGGUACCGACAGCACAAGAGUUGUUUGCCCGCAUUGGCAAAGCCAAGUAUUUCUCCACGCUAGAUGCAACAUCCGGGUUUCUACAAAUCCCGCUGACGGAGGAAUCCAGUUAUAUGACGACGUUCGCAACACCAUUCGGGCGUUAUCGUUUCUUACGGCUGCCGUUUGGCAUCUCUUCGGCACCGGAAGUGUAUCAGCCGACAAUGGAACAGUUCUUUGGUGAUCUUGAAGGCGUUGAAAUAUAUUUUGACGAUUUUUUCGUGUGGGGAGAGACUCGAGAAGAACACGACCAGCGGUUGCAAGCAGUAUUUGAUCGAUGUGUAAAAGUGAAUCUCAAACUUAAUGCUAAAAAGUGCAAGUUUCUCCUCCCGGAGCUGCCAUGGAUCGGUCAUGUCAUCUCUUUCCAGCAGUUAAAGCCAGAUCCAGCCAAAGUAAGUGCCAUUGAGGCGUUUAAAGAACCGAGUUCAAAAGAAGAAUUACAGCGGUUGUUGGGAAUGGUGAACUAUUUAUCCAAAUUUUGUGAACAUUUGUCACCUCUAACGAAACCGUUGCGUGAUUUGUUAAAAAGUGACGUCGAGUGGGUGUGGGACAGCGGCAGCGCCCUCAUUUUACAGUCCGUCAAAGAACUAGUGAGCUCGGCGCCGGUCUUGCGCUUAUUUGAUCCAAAGUUACCGUUUACGGUCUCAGUCGACGCGUCCCCUUAUGGCCUUGGAGCUGUACUUCUGCAAGAUGGUCAGCCCAUUGAAUUUGCGUCGCGGUCACUGACAGACACACAACGUCGCUAUGCCCAAAUUGAAAAGGAGUUGUUAGCAGUGCAGUUUGGCAUGACACACUUCCAUCACUAUGUCUACGGAAAUCAGGUGACAGUAGAAACUGAUCACAAGCCCCUGGUUGGACUGGUGGAUAAGCCAAUUGGAUUGUUCCCCCGAAUUCAGCGGAUGCGACUACAGCUGCAGGUUUACAGUUAUCAACUUCUCUACAAGCCCGGGAAGGAACUCUAUCUGGCAGAUACGCUCAGCAGAGCGCCAGACACUCAGGAAUACGCGACAGAUCAGUCACAAAUAAAUGAAGAAUUUUUUCAUGGAAUGCUCAGCUACGUCAUCCCAGGAGAAACGGCUAAAGAAAAAUAUGCUAAGGCUACUCAGAGGGAUGCUACGUUGCAGCUUGUCAUCGGAUUAGUGGAAGUGGGGUGGCCAAAUCACAAACGAGAUUGCCCGGUGCCGACUAAGCCGUUUUGGUCGGAAAGGGCCAGUUUAUCAACAGCUGGUGGUUUGCUACUGCGAGGACAUCAGGUGGUGGUUCCCGUCUCUCUGCAGUCAGAAAUAUUGAAGCAGUUUCAUGAUGGCCACUUCGGAGAGUCUAAAUGUCUCGAAAGAGCCAAGUCAGUUGCUUACUGGCCAGGAUAUGUCGAAGAAAUACGCAACCUUGUAGCCGGAUGUCGUAUAUGUCAAGAGCGGCGUCACCAAAAUCCACAUCAGCAGUAUUAUCCAGUGGAAGUUCCGGAUCACCCCUUUCAGCGUGUGGCGACGGAUUUCUUCCAUUUACGUGGUAAAGACUACUUGUUGGCCGUUGACUACUACAGUAAGUGGCCCUGUGUCGUCGAGAUGACCUCAACAACAAGUGCAGCCACAAUCAAAGAAUUAGAUAAAAUAUUCUCUGAUUUUGGAGUGCCGGAAGUGCUUGUGUCGGAUUCGGGCCGCAAUUUGGCAGCGCUGACUUCCGAGCGUUUGCUUGUCAUCUCGCCAUAUCUCACGUCACAUCAAGUCCAUUUUAUCCAGAGUCAAAUGGUCAGGCGGAGAGAUCAGUACAAACUGUAA